AUGAAACUCACACUUUCACUCUUGUUCCUAUUCCUCUCCCUAGUCCAAGGACUAAACCCUAAAUGUGACAUCCAAGACCAUAGCUCAACACUCCAAGUGAUCCAUGUAUUCAGUCCAUGUUCCCCAUUUAAGCCAUCAAAACCACUUUCAUUUGAGGAAACCAUCCUCCAAAUGCAAUCAAAAGACCAAACUAGACUUCAAUUCCUUGAUAGUUUAGUAGCUAAGAGAUCAAUUGUACCAAUUGCUUCUGGUAGACAGAUCAUACAAAGUCCAACUUAUAUUGUUAGGGCUAAAAUUGGUACUCCACCUCAAACAUUGCUUUUGGCUAUGGAUACUAGUAAUGAUGCUGCUUGGAUUCCUUGUACUGCUUGUGAUGGUUGUUCUUCCACUUUGUUUGCUCCUGAAAAAUCAACUACUUUUCAGAAUGUUACUUGUGAUGCUCCUCAAUGCAAACAGGUACCAAACCCUAGUUGUGGUGUGAAUUCAUGCAACUUUAACCUAACCUAUGGAAGUUCCACUAUAUCAUCUAACUUGGUCCAAGACACUGUUACCUUAGCCACUGACCCAAUUCCUAGUUACACCUUUGGUUGUGUUUCAAAAACCACUGGAACUUCUACUCCACCACAAGGUCUGUUGGGCUUGGGCCGAGGCCCAUUAUCACUUUUAUCUCAAACCCAAAACCUCUAUCAGUCCAUAUUCUCUUACUGCUUGCCAAGCUUCAAGUCUCUUAAUUACUCUGGGUCUUUAAGACUUGGGCCUAGUGCUCAGCCCAAGAGGAUUAAGUUUACCCCUCUUCUCAAGAAUCCUAGAAGAUCAUCACUCUAUUAUGUUAACUUGGAAGCUAUUAGGGUUGGUCGGAAAAUCGUCGAUAUUCCUCCGACCGCAUUGGCAUUCAAUCCGUCCACCGGAGCUGGUACCAUCUUUGAUUCCGGUACCGUGUUCACCCGACUAGUUGCACCAGCAUAUGAGGCGGUUCGAAAUGAGUUUCGUCGAAGAGUUGGGCCAAACCUAACUGUGACAACCUUAGGAGGGUUCGACACAUGCUACAAUGUGCCAAUAGUUGUACCUACAAUAACCUUUAUGUUCACAGGCAUGAACGUGACACUUCCUGAAGACAACAUACUUAUACAUAGUACCGCCGGAAGUACAACGUGCUUGGCCAUGGCGUCUGCACCCGAUAAUGUGAACUCGGUUUUGAAUGUCAUAGCCAACAUGCAGCAACAAAACCACCGUCUCCUCUUUGACGUCCCUAAUUCUAGGGUUGGAGUUGCUCGUGAGCUAUGUACUUAA